UUUGAAUUCUAACUACAAUUUACACUGAAUUAUCGAUAUGAAAUUUUUUACUUUAAAAUUGUGAACUUCAGCAUGAUUUCAAUUAAAGUGUUAUUUUUCGGAGAAGCAUGUCAGCUGGUCGGAAAAAGAGAAGAAGCGAUUGAUUUUCCCGAAGAGACCGAUUAUGAAGAGAUUCGGAAAACAAUUUUAGAAAAUUACCCAGCUCUUCAAAAAAUUGAAAAGGUUAUGAUGCUCGCAGUGGAUCAGGAAUAUGCCAACCCCGGAGAUCGUUUCGAAUUGGUUCGCUUCACAGAAAUCGCUGUAAUUCCUCCAUUGUCUGGUGGAUAAUCUUAUUGUGAUAAUUCUUGUAGACUCUGUUUAUUUCAAUGAAAAUUUGUGAUA